AUGUCUGAAGCUGAGCGUCAAAGACAGUUACUUCUGCACUCAAGAAUGCUUCAAGAGGAAAUGGGUAGAUCAUGUCUACGCGGAAAUCCCAUACACAGGACGAUACACAAGACACAAAGUGAUAAUCAGCUCGUCCUGACGGCACGCACCAGUAACUUUUGGACACAUGGUCUGACAGCGAUAUAG